AUGACGCUUUGGUCGAUUCUUCUGGCACUCGGAGCCCUCUCCAAAGAAGAAUCUCUUGUUUUGAACUUGCGGCUCAACCCUCAGUCGAUUGAGACCACCGAUCAGUACCCCGAUACAUCCGAUUUGAUCAAAGGUGUUUUGUUGAGGGUAAAGCAGAUCACUGGUGAUAACUUUGGUUCCGCUGAAAUGCAUUUUGAAAACGGAGCACGACUUUUGAGUUCGCACGAGAAGGCUGAGUUUUUCGAUCGGAGUGGAGAGUUGGUUGGGAAUAUACUAUUCAGCUCGCCGCACCGGAACCUGAAAAAGAAGCUCCCUCCUCCUCCCGUCCCGGAACCCGAUGUGGCCAUCAACAUUCCCCCGCCGGUUCAGGGCGACUUUAGGGCCUUCCCGUCAGAGAUGUACUGUCGGUAUGGUUGUGGGAACUUGAUGGGAGUGACAUUCCCGUACUACUAUCGACCGUUUUUUGGCUACGGAUAUCCAUUGUUGGGCACGGAAAGUCAAUUCCCGGCAGGGUACGGAGGGAAUCCGUUGACAAGCCUGGGCUCUAGUGGGGCCUUGGCCACUGCUGGCGGCACAUAUCCGACGGCAGGGUCGUACACAACCGGCCCAUUUGGUUAUUGA